AAUUAAAUGUCUGUGGGAAAAAGCAAUAUUCUUGUUUCUCAACAUUUUAGUCAGCUGCUUUCUUACUUUUCCAGACUGUGACCAUUCUUUGAAGCUAUUAAAAUCUAUUCCUGGUAAUGAGAGAAGGGAGUGACUUGAUGGUUCUUUUCCAAUUCCUCUGUGUCCGACAAGAAAUACCUAAAUAUUUUAAUUUGCCUGUUAAAACUUCCCUGGUGGUGGCAAAACAAUUCUACUUAUAUUUGUGGGGCCAGGGGUGUGGGGGAAGUCUCUGCUGUGAAUUUCUGUGCCGGGAACAUAUUAAGACAAAAAGCUACUUGGGCUAGCCUGAUUCUCCAGGAUGAAACAAAAGGAAUAUAGAUGUUGGUGCUGCUUUAACAGUUUGUUAAAGGAUCUGGUCUAUCUUGGGUGUGGGAGAAGGGAGGGGUAAAGAGGUCAGAAUCCCAUUUAGAUCACAGACAGAAAGAAACCAGGAAGUAAGGGGAAGUUAUUACAGUCUGUUCAUAGCUCAGAAUGUUAAAGGCAACAGCCUCUGCCGGUUGGUUAUUCAUUAGCAAAAAGGAGAGAGCCGUCCAGAUCCAGACCGGUUGAAAGACAGGAUCAGACUUGAAACAGGGGGAGAGCUCCUGGUGAAACCAAGGCGUGGAAGUUUUACCUGGGGUUAGUAGCUUCCUCUUGCUAACUUUUUAUUGGAACAAAAGGCAAGAUGGCACCAUUCUGUUCUCAGAUAUUUGUCUAAAUAAAGCCUUUUGAAUUUAAUUUUAUUUUUGUUGUGGGAUUCUUAAGCAGAUAAGAAGAAAAAACAUCUUCCUGCUGAGUAGCUGCCCAGCUCCUGCUCAGUUUUUUUCCAGGUUAGUACCUCCGGCCACAGAAACAAACCAGUAAGUCUCUCCAGGUAGGACUUGCUGCAACCAAGCUGCUGGACUGAUCUGAAAUGGGACUUUGCAUACUCUUCAAAGUAUGGUGAGUUGGUGCUGACUUCAAAGUUGCCUGGUGAAGAAAGAGAAGGUGGAUCUGCAGAGACUAAGGGGAGAGGGAGAAGCCCUGCUCCUCUUCUCCCCACCAAGGCGCAAUGAGCAACAUCUGUCAGAGGCUCUGGGAGUACUUAGAACCCUAUCUCCCCUGCUUGUCCACGGAGGCAGACAAGUCAACGGUGAUUGAAAACCCAGGGGCCCAUUGCUCUCCACCGUCACAGAGGCUUGGCCACUACUUUGUGGCUUUGUUUGAUUACCAGGCUCGGACUGCUGAAGACCUGAGCUUCCGUGCAGGUGACAAACUUCAGGUUCUAGACACUUCACAUGAGGGCUGGUGGUUUGCCAGACACUUGGAGAAAAGACAAGAUGGCUCCAGCCAGCAACUACAGGGCUAUAUUCCUUCUAACUAUGUGGCCGAGGACAGAAGCCUACAGGCUGAGCCGUGGUUCUUUGGAGCAAUCAAAAGAGCAGAUGCAGAGAAACAACUAUUAUAUUCAGAAAAUCAGACGGGUGCCUUUCUAAUCAGAGAAAGUGAAAGCCAAAAAGGAGAAUUCUCUCUUUCAGUUUUAGAUGGAGGAGUUGUAAAACACUACAGAAUCAAAAGACUGGAUGAAGGGGGCUUUUUUCUCACCCGGAGAAGAACCUUUUCAACACUGAACGAGUUUGUGAGCCACUACACCAAGACAAGUGAUGGCCUGUGUGUCAAGCUGGGGAAACCAUGCUUAAAGAUCCAGGUCCCAGCUCCAUUUGAUUUGUCUUACAAAACUGUGGACCAGUGGGAGAUAGACCGCAACUCCAUACAGCUUCUGAAGCGAUUGGGAUCUGGUCAGUUUGGUGAAGUAUGGGAAGGUCUGUGGAACAAUACCACUCCAGUAGCAGUGAAGACAUUAAAACCAGGUUCAAUGGAUCCAAAUGACUUCCUGAGGGAGGCACAGAUGAUGAAGAACCUAAGACAUCCAAAGCUUAUCCAGCUUUACGCUGUUUGCACUUUAGAAGAUCCAAUUUAUAUUAUCACAGAGUUGAUGAGACAUGGAAGUCUGCAAGAAUAUCUCCAAAAUGAUGCUGGGUCAAAAAUCCAUCUGACUCAACAGGUAGACAUAGCGGCACAGGUUGCCUCUGGAAUGGCCUAUCUGGAGUCUCAGAACUACAUUCACAGAGAUCUGGCUGCCAGAAAUGUCCUCGUUGGUGAACAUAAUAUCUACAAAGUAGCAGAUUUUGGACUUGCCAGAGUUUUUAAGGUAGACAAUGAAGACAUCUAUGAAUCCAAACACGAAAUAAAACUGCCGGUGAAGUGGACUGCACCCGAAGCCAUUCGUACUAAUAAAUUCAGCAUUAAGUCCGAUGUGUGGUCAUUUGGAAUCCUUCUUUAUGAAAUCAUUACUUAUGGCAAAAUGCCUUAUAGUGGUAUGACAGGUGCCCAGGUAAUUCAGGUGCUGGCUCAAAACUACAGACUUCCGCAACCAUCCAACUGUCCACAGAAGUUUUACAACAUCAUGUUGGAGUGCUGGAAUGCAGAGCCUAAGGAACGACCUACAUUUGAGACAUUGCAUUGGAAACUUGAGGACUAUUUUGAAACAGAAUCUUCGUAUUCAGAUGCAAAUAACUUUAUAAGAUGAACACUGGAGAAGAAUAUCAAAUAAUGAAGUAGCAAAACAAAUUCAAAUAAUUCACACAAAAUUAUCAACCAACUGCAAAAUCAGUUUAUCUUGACAAAUUGAAGUGAUGGGAUAAAGUUGGCCAUGUAUUAUAUAAAAGAUUAUUUGUGCAUUUUAUUGACUGGGCAACACUGUAGGACAGUCAAGAUGAUAUAUAAUUUUCUCACUGCCUGGUAAAAUUAAGCAUGCUAAACAAAGUUAGUUUUCUUUUUAAGAGAUACUUACAUUUCUAUUUAUUGUUUGAAAUGCCGAUCAAGAGAAUCAACAGAUGAUAGUCAGGUUUUACUCAGUGACUGUUGUAGCAUUUUCCUGUUUACUGAUUAGAGUGGUUAUUCAUUAUUCCUCAGAUUGCUGAAUCCCAUCAGGCUGUUAUUAUGAAAGAAUUUGAUUGCUUUGCUGCACAGCAGGACCUGUGCUUUGAGAUUUUUUUUUUCUCUUUUAAAAUAUCCUGUAACUACAAUGAUGGUAAAGCCAUGUUAAAUGACUUGAUUGUACUUGGAGUAAUUGCACGGUUUUUUUUUCUAUGCAUAAAAAAAGAUGCAGCUGUUGAGAAAAUGAAUUAAAAUCUUUUUCAUUUUGCAGAAGGAAAUGAUGGAAUUUUUCUAUAUCUCAGUAUGUGUCAUCUGAGAGUCAUAUACAUUAGUUUUAAUCUCUUAAUGUUGAGAAUCAGGUUGUAAAGCUGAUGAGUUAUUAUCUAUGGAAAUGUGAGAAACAUCUAAUAGUCGGCAAAGUCUGAGAAAUGAGAGAACAGUAGGAUUGCUAUGGCCUAGACAUCUGAGUAAUUAAUAAAGAAAAAGAAGUACCCUUUGGCAUACAGACAAGAGUUUUAAAUGGACUACAAAAUAGGACAAACUCUAUUUCAGAACUAGAGGCUAGGAAUAAUAUCUGAACUUGGUUAUGAAAUUUUUUUUUUGGCCUGGUAGGAUAAGAGGGUUUUUACUCACCUUAAAUUUGCAUUAACCUUUGUAGCAAAAGUAUUGCUUUUUUUAAGCAAUGGGAUGUAUUAAAUUCUCUCUAUCAUUAGAUGACUAGGUAGACUUUUUCAAAGCAGUUUCAAACUCAAAUAUAUCUUCAAAGAUCUUCCAGGGUAAAGCAAUAGGAACGAAACAAGCCAUGAGAAAAGAGGAUAUUGUAUAUUCUCUUAUCUUUCUUUAAAGGAGAGGUGCCUAUCUGAACAGUCACAGAAACUCAAAUUCAGAGUAGAUUAAAUAAGAACUAAAUUUGUAAACUCUUUUAACUGGGAGAUAGGAAGUAGGGAGGGCUCCAGGCUCAUUAUCAUUAGCAGUUCAAUGAUGUCAACAAAGACCCACGUCUUUUCCAAGCCUCCCUCUGGCAUCAGCAUUGCCCUCCUUCGCAGGGUAACAGCUGGCUAUCAAUGGCAAAACUGAGGUUCUUCAUUCUCUUCUCAUCUAGCAGGAGAAAAUGGGAAAUCUCCAUCCCCAGCUUGGAUUAAAAAUUAUUUUCAUUUUUGUGUUCAGGCAAACUGUGCCCAGGCAUGGACCAAUAAUAGACUUAAUGUGAAUGCUAUGUGCUGAUUGGAUUAGAAUAAGUUCUAACACUGAAGCUGGGAAUGUGGUGACCUUCCUCGGAGAUAAGUUGGGAGGUUGGUUUAUCUGAAUAAAAGUAGAGAAUAUGAGACGCUGGAGAGGUGUUCAUUAAGGAGAAAAUUUCCUGAGAUGAAUUAACUGUUAGAAUUAUCUAUCUAUCCACCCAUCUAUCAUCAUUACCUCAUCUCCGUCUUUGCUCUCUCUCUAAAUGUAUACGUGUGUGUGUGUGUGUGUGUGUGUGUGUGUGUGUGUGUUAUUCCAGGCAGAUGUGUGCAUAUACACCCAAACUUCUUUGACGACCUUGGAAUAAAAUGGGUCAUGUGAAGCUAAAGAUUAUAUAACCCCUUAAUUCCUUUAUGAACAGAAACUAUUUCUAAGAUAAGAGCAAAACUAAUCUUUUAAAUUCGUUGAUUGUGUAUGUAACAACUUCACUUAUUUAUUUAAAGUCAUCUAGCCAAAUGAAAUCAAGGAGUAAAUUAUGAAAAACCAGUUAGCAAAAAUGAAAAGAAAAUAGUUCCUGUUUUUGGAAUCAUUUCUUCAUGUUUAAUUUUUCUUGGGCACAUAUAGAAGUGAAUAGAAAUAUUCCCAUUUCAAUGUGCAAAUUCAGCUGCUAUAUGGUUUGUUUCCUUUUAGUAGCAAAUAAUAAUAAAUUUUUUAGUAAUAUCUGAUUUUGAAAUAUGAAAAGAAGGUUAUCUUUUCCUGUUUUAAUACUACCUGAAACCCGUUUAACUUACUGUGUUUGAUUCUUGGGGACAUUUAUGUUCAAGUUUCCGUCAAAGCAAUCUAUUAUUCUUGUUUUUACCUGAUGGAUCAUGGAGAAAAAUAAUGGAUUCAGUUAUGAGAAACAGUAAUAGAUUUUUUUAAACUGCCAUAAAUUUCUCUCCCUGUGUUAAAUAAAAGGAUCGGGAAAAGAUAAGUUGAAUUUUCCUACAAUGAGCCAGCUCUUUUUAAAUUUACUUCCCAUAAAUUGUAGCAAAGCACUCUUCCUAUAAUGUUUUAUUUAUGUAAUUCAGUUAUUUGGAGGUGGUAGGGAGGGAUGUGAGUACAUCAUUUCAUGUUGUAUUUCAAAUCUCUUCAGACAGAAACCCUAAGAAUUUGCAAUAGAGAAAAUUCAAUGUUCCAUUAA